CGUGAAGGUGUAUAACGGGCAUGGCGGUCAUGACGGUUUUUUUUAUAAAAAAAAAACCUAUUUUUGGGCUUGAAACAGGCCCAAAUGGAGUGAGCCCUAGGUUAGUGCUUGUCUCCGCGUCUCAUCUCUCUUCUCCCUCACAGUCGCGUCUCUUUGCACCUCAAGAGGAGCUCAUGCCCUAAGCAUCUCCGGUGACCAACGUUCCCUGAAACGCGACACUUACGGCUCUUACGCAGUACUCCGGCCACCUGAAACGCAGCGACUGCGGCAACCACGAAGUGCGAACAGCACUUACGGAAGUCGAAACUGCCCCUAAUCACCUCCGUUCACCACCCCUUCGUCCCCUUUCUGGCCGGCGACCUGAACCGUGGUGGCCCAGUACUCCGGCGAGCAACUCCGGCGAAACUAGGGUCGAAAUUCCGCAUAGGUGGAGAAGACCCAAAAAUGUUGUGCGUUAAUUGAAGACCGGGCUGAGAAACAGCUUUUGAUCUAUGGAAGACAAGACGUGGGGAUGUUCUUCAAGUGAAGAUAGUGAUGAUGAGGUCUAUUUGCAAAAUGCAAGUGAUGAAGAGGAGCUUCACUUUUCAUCUAGUUCUAUGCCCAAGUUGCAGUUUAGGAACGUGAAAUCCAAAAGCUGUUGGAUUGAAGAGAUGGGAAUGGGAGAAGUCAUUGAGAAGAAUGGCAAAACGUGGGUAACAACUGGAAUCGUUCGCAGUGGCAAGAUUUAUUCUUCGAUUGAGGAGACUUUGUAUCUUAUGGAAUUAGGAGCCUUGCAUCUUUUAGAUAAAGGUGGUAGAAACAUAUCUCUAACAGAAAUGUACGAAAAGGUCUCUAACAGGAAGAGUGGAUGUUGUUGGGAGCUGUUUGAGGUUUAUAGGCAUCUCAAGUCUCUUGGCUACAUAGUUGGGCGACAUGGUGUUGCUUGGAGUUUGAAGAGUAUUAAAAGUUCACAUAAACCUGUUGACCUUGAAGUUACUGAAGAAAGCAAACUAGUACACAUGGGUUCCAAAUCUGAGUUUUCCAUUAAUAAGUUAUUUGGUGAGUUGCAGAUUAAUGAUUUGAGGCCAGAUUUUGAUGUUUAUCUUCCGAACAGCAGGUUUAGAAAGUCUUUCCCUGGUGAUCCGAGUUUUCUACUGUACUUAUCUAGGGGUCAUCCGCCAUCUAGAGCGGAAAUUGAAGCCCUUGAAAGACAGUGUGAUGGCAUUCCUUUGAAAAUCUGCCUGGUCACAGAGGGAAGGGUCAGUUUCUUUUCCUUUGACAAGGUGCAACUUCCUGUUCUACCCUGAACUUUUGGUAAAAAUCCUACAUUUCCACUCUGAGUUGAGGUGGAAAGGAAACUAAGGAUUGUAACAAGAGAAUGGGGUGUUGUAGCUCGUUUGGAUCCAAUGAUAUGCAAUAAACCUGCUACCUUUUUCUGCAAAUGGGCUUAGUGAUCACAACCGAAGGCCCAAUAUUGACUCUUGUCAAACUAAUCAUGAUUCUGAUGUGGGAACAAGUUAUUGUUGAACGUAACAAGAAACUGAAGCGGUAACUUAUGCAUCAGUUUAUCUAAAGCUAUAGAUAACAAGAAAAGCUUUCUGUAGGAUUGUUGAUGUAUAAUCACCAGAGGACUUGUGAUUAGAGGAACAAAUAGGAUAUUGCCUACGUCAUUCAAUUGAAUAUUUUAAUUAAGGGACAAUCUGAUCUGCUUUCUCAGUGGUUUUAGAAGUUUUGAAAUCUAUAAUCACUAUUGUUCUGUUUUAGUUUGUUAUGUAACCUUUGUAAAAGAAAUUGGUAAAAUAUAGAUGAAUGUCGAAUGAGGUUUGCAAAGGUGGUUCCAAUUUGCCGUUGUGA